CUGAAAGGAGCCAGUGUGACAUGACUUACAUGGAUUUAUUGUAUGUGGGAUGGUAUACAGAGUAGGUUUAUGUGAGGCAACAUAUAGAGGUGCCAGGCAUUCAGAGUGGAAGCAAAUCUAAUGUCCAUCACAUUGUAUGGAAAGGAAAAGCCUGCAUUUAUAUGAUCCAUCAGUUGGGUAUCCAAUAAUAGACAAUAUACAAUAGCUCCCACUAUGUACAAAGGGAUGGCAGCCAUGUUUCUAGGAGAUGGAAAUGGCGAGGUGUGUGGGAGAAAGUUAUCUCAGCAAACAUCUACCAUAAUAGCAUUUACUUCCUUUCAAGAUGGAAAUAUAUCACCGACAUUUACAUUAAUAUCAUUUAAAUAUGGCUACAAGCUUGUCCUUUACUGUUAUAUAUCAUGUAUAUCUCUGCUAAUAAGCACAAUAUCUAUCAUUCUCUCCUGGGUUCCUUUCCAUGAAAUAAAAGAGUUCGCUUGUUGAAUCCCCCAAUGAUAAGAGCCUUCCUUACCUCGCCAAUUGAAUAAAGGAGAAAUAAGAGAUUAUUCUCAGGUACAGUCCUAAUAACAAAGGCACCAAAUCGUGUGUCUUCUCUCACAUGUACAAAGCAGAAAGUUAAAGAGAGAAUAUGAAGAGGGAGAAUCCAAGAAGGGAGCCACAUGUCUAGAAGUCCAGCUCACAUCUAUUCCUUGGUGUGUCAGUACUUCAGCCCUACUCAACAUUUGCACAAUAGUCGUUGAUUUACACCCACCACCCACACACACAGAUUUUUUUUUUUCUUUAAAUGAACAAAAAGUUUCCCUGCUGCCCUGAGUGUUGUGCUUGGGGUUCUCACUCCACAUCUGCUGCAAUGAGGCUUCUUUUCUCUCGCUUUGCUGCUGUAAUAUUUUUUUUUUCUUUUCUUUUGUGUGUGCUCAGAUUUUCUGGGUUUCUUUUCCCAUGUCGGUUGCAAUAAUGGCUGAAAUUCCUUUCUGACACCAUCUUUUCCACUUGUGAGAUUGAUCACUGUUCUUGUGCAGGCGGGUAGGGGCUUCCCAGAUCCUCAGCGGCCUCUCCAGCAGGAUUUAUUCCUGAGAAGCACAGGCCUACAGUUCCCAUUGGUCAGCCGUGGUCACGUGACCAGGAAUUGGCUGCAAGUCGCCCAGGCUUCAGUUUAUUACAGCAGGGUCCCCAUACGCCUGAUUUAUCAGCAAUAUACAAUAAUAAGGCCUGUGCAUUAGUGGGAGCCUAAAUUUGGCUCUCUGAGCCCAGGCUGGCUCGGGGUAGCCAUGAAUUUGGAAUUUGAGAGGGAGAUUGGGUUUAUAAACAGCCAGCCUUCGCUCGCAGAGUGCCUGACGUCCUUCCCUGCUGUCCUGGAGACAUUUCAAACUUCAUCAAUCAAGGACUCGACAUUAAUUCCUCCUCCUUUCGAGCAAACCAUCCCCAGCCUGAAUCCUGGCUCCGACACCCUUACCCGGCCCAAAAGCCAAAAAGCAGCAGAGAAUGGCCUGCUCCAGCAAGCCCCGCUCCAACCUGCAGAAUUCCCCUGGAUGAAAGAGAAGAAAUCGGCCAAGAAGAGCAGCCAAGGGUCGCCCCAGGCCCUGAUUCCACCGACUGAGUCAGCAGGGGGGUCGCCGGCAGAACCCCCUGGGCUGCACGAUAGCACCGGCGGCGGCUGCAGAAGGCUGAGGACCGCUUACACCAACACUCAGCUGCUCGAGCUGGAGAAAGAAUUCCACUUUAAUAAGUAUCUGUGCCGACCCAGGAGGGUGGAGAUAGCGGCUCUGUUGGAUCUCACAGAGAGACAGGUCAAGGUUUGGUUCCAGAACCGAAGGAUGAAGCACAAGAGACAAACCCAGCACAAAGAUGGGGAGCACACUUACUCGAACCCCGAAGAUGGGGAACCUCUGGAGGAUGGAGACGACAGUCCAAUUUAUCACCAGGGAUUGGACAGCAAUGACUCUUUAAGGGAACAAGAUCAGUACCCCUGUUCUGAGAUCCCCAAAAAUCCCAACCCAGGCUUGAGCCAGCAGCUGCCUUCAAGCAAGGAGUUAACCCCCAGCAGCCCCUUGUACCCAACGCCUACUCCUGAUGCUGAGGGCAGAAUAGAGGUGGGUAGCAUGGACAAUGUACUCUCACAAUCCCACGACAACUCCUUAUUGUCAGACCUUACUUUAUUCUCAACAGACUCCUGCCUACACAUUUCAGAUGCGAUCACAAGCUUGCACGGCACUCUCAAUAGCCCUGUCCACUUCUCCGAGGAAGAUAUUGACUUUCUUACCAGCACACUUUGUAGCAAAGAUCUGCACAACUUAGAUUUUUAACGAAUAUGAAUAUCUUUUGGGUCUAAUCUAAUGCGUGAAAGUGUCCUCUAUAUUUAUUUUCAAAUAUCCGACACGCAUCGCAAGUCAUAUAUCAGUAUUUAUGUAUUUGAACCGCGUAAAAAUUAGCUAUUUUCAUUUGCUUGCUAAUUAGAAGGCAUCUCUGGAUUAGACACAUGGAUCAAUUGUUAUUUAUUUAAGUGAAGUCUCAGGAAUUCCAAGGUACGUUUGGAUUUGUUACACAGGAAGAUUUCGUUUCUUGUUAUUUAUGUAAAGCCUUUAUUAGCCAUUUGAUAUUUAUUUAUUGUACGUUAUUUUCCUAGUUUCUAUAAAUGUCUUUAUAAUAAAGUGUAUGUUGAGAUUUUG